AUGUCUCCCCGCCCUACAGUUCUGCUCCUGGCAGCAGUCAGCAUAGUCUCUGCCCAGCUGCAGCUGACCAUUCUACACAACAACGACGUCCACUCGUAUUUCGACCCCGUGGAAGCCAGCACAGCUGCCUGCCGUGACCCCAACGACACCGCGAGACCCUGUUACGGCGGCAUUGGGCGGCUCGUCAGCGCCGUCAAGGCAAUAAAGGAACAGACGCCCAAUACCUUGGUGCUGUACGGUGGCGACAUCUUCCAGGGUUACUUGUACUACACACUCUUCAAAUGGAGAGUGGUGGUGGACAUGAUGAAUUUAGUGCCGUACGAUGCCAUGGCGCUGGGAAAUCACGAAUUCGACGAUGGUCUGGACGGCCUCUUACCGUACCUGGAUGGGAUCAAUCAUCAGCAGCUCUGCACAAAUAUCGAUUUCGGUCCGCUGGCCUCGCCCACAACUGACAAGUGCCUCUCCAGUGUCGUGCGGGAGAUCGGAGGACACAAAGUCGGUGUCGUGGGCUUCACGACACCAGAGACGAGGGCCAUUUCCAACCCACCUCCCGCCAUCGAGUUCCUGGACGAGGUCACGUCACUGCGCUCGGAGACAGCCAAGCUGAAGGCACAGGGUGUCAACAUCAUCAUUGCCGUGGGGCACUCCGGCUACGAACGGGAAAAGGAGAUGGCGGAACAGCUGGAAGAUGUGGAUGUCAUCAUCGGAGGUCACUCAAACUCGCUGCUUUACACGGGAGUGGCGCCGGACGGUGACCACGUUACCGGACCUUAUCCCACCGUGGUCCGUCAGCCCUCAGGCCGGUCUGUACUUGUCGUUCAGGCCUUCAAGUACGGCAAGUACCUGGGGUUGCUGAACGUCACCUUUGACAGUAACGGAGAGGUGGCUGACUGGAGUGGGAACCCCAUACGACUGGAGGGGAAGCAGGAUCAUGAGGCGGAAGUUGUGCUGCAAGGGUAUAAGGAUCAGAUUUCGGAGUACGAGCGUGAAGUCAUUGGCACAACAUUGGUACAGCUCGCCUGCACUGAUGGCCGCAGCGAGUGUAGCCUGGGAAAUCUGAUCACUGAUUCGCUGGUGCGCGCACUGCUGGCGCCGUCUGCAGGUCAGUGGAGCCAGGUGUCUGCCGCCGUCAUCAACACGGGCGCCAUUCGCUCUCGGCUGGCGCCGGGGAACAUCACACUCUCCGACGUGCUCAACAUCCAGCCCUUCGGCAACACCAUCAGACUGGUGACCCUCUCCGGCGAGACGUUGCAGCAGAUGUUUGAACACUCUGCGCUUGGUGGCGGGGGUUUUCUGCAGGUGUCCGGUUUUCGGGUGACCUACAACAUGGACUGCCCCCUGGGAAUUCGUUUGCUACACCUGGAAAUCGUCUGCACUGACUGUCUGGUGCCUCGUCUGGAGCCUGUGCGUGCUGAAAACACCUACCGAGUCCUCAUGUCAAAUUACCUUACCGGGGCUGGGGAUGGCUAUGACAUCAUCAGAGACAACAAGAUCGAAGAGUUGAAUACGGGUUUGCUGGACGUGGAUCUAAUGCGUAACCACAUCGAGCAAUUCUCCCCCGUCAUCUCCGGCAUCGAGAGCCGGCUGGUGUUCGAGACGAACUUCACGUCCCGCUGUGGGGUCAGCCCCUAGCACCAGUCUGUGCCAUUAUCACGGACCUCUCUGCGGGCUCGACAAGGGCGAGGACCAUUGAGUGAAGAGCAGAGCACUUUGCGUCAUUACAGGUGUGCAGUGACUGUGUCUUGAUGUGGCGCUUAUAACAACAAGAUGCAUUAUAAAGGAAACGCUACAAGCUAACCGAACAUAUCUGCUAUUCUGUAGUUAUUGUAUGUGUAAUACCUAUCCAUGUUGUCCUGUCUUAUACAUAUAGACACUUGCGUGUAAAAAAAAGGGAUCUAAU